CUGCCAAUACAGUUUAACUGAAACCUUAACAUCAUCAUGCCACGCCGCAAACAUCAAUUCCUCGAAGAUGAUGAUUCCGACUCUUCAGAAGGCUCAGAAGCUGAAGUUAACCUAGACAACAAUGAUCCAGACAUUCGUGCUGAGCGCGCCCUCUUUGAAAAUUCACACAAACGACGUCGGAAGAAUGGUAAAGAAGACGCAAUUUACGGUGUAUUUGGUAGCGACAGUGAGGAUGAAGACCACGGCGGCCUAGGCCCGAAACGCAAGAGAAGCGACUGGACGAAGGCUCCUGCGUUUGUCGCAAAGGGACAAGUAGAUUUGGAGAAGGAUAUGGAGGCGCAGGAGGAUGAGGCAGGGGAUGGGGAAGGGGAAGAAGUGGUUGAUGAAGCGGAUGGGGUCGACAGUUCCUGUGAUGACAUCGAGCAAGCUGAAUAUGCCGAGGAUGAUGAGGAUGAGGAUGGACUUUCAGCGCCUUCUUCACCCCGGAUACGAGAUCAAGAGGAGGUCGAACCACCAGAGCGGCCAGCGUUUGCCGGCCUUGGCUCAACUAGAGCUGAGCCAGAACUUUCAAUGCAAAACUUUACGAGAGGCGGUAUAGGAUCGUCGAAAGGUGGAUUUGGCUCAAAAGGUGGGAUAGGUUCUGCUAAGGGUGGUUUAGGCAAUUCUACGAGACUUGGAUCUGCGACUGUAGGUAUGGGGUUCACGAAAGGUGUGCUCCAUCUGAGCCUGCUAUCGCUUUCCCCCGCUCCUACCAAACUAGCGUCUACAUCCGAGUUGCCAACCGCCUUUGGUGGUAAUAGCGCCCCUCGGGCCCAACGUUCUUUUCUCCGUAGCGGGACUUCCUCUACGAGCAAACCAUCCACUCCGUUGCCUGCACAUGAGCAAGCACACUUCAACAAGAUUGGAAGUACCCUCGGUGCUCAAAUGCUUGCAAAGAUGGGAUGGCAGGCUGGUACAGGUCUCGGCGCGACCGGGGACGGUAUCGUCAUCCCAAUCGAGAGCAAAUUGCGCCCGAGGAAAAUGGGUAUUGCGUUCAAGGGGUACAGGGAGAAGACGGAGCAAAGCAAGCUUGAGGCUAAAAGGAGGGGAGAAGUAGUCAGCAAUGAUGAGGAAGAGGUCCGGCCGGGACAGAAGAAGAAGGGCAAUGCGAAAGAGAAUAGGAGUGACGCUUGGAAGAAGCCAAAGAAGGUGAAGACUAAGGUGGAGCACAAAACGUACGAACAAAUCGUUGCAGAGGCUGGUCAGGAGCCCGCCGCAUCCGGUAUUGGUCAAAUCAUUGAUGCAACUGGUAGAACGCCUCGUGAAGUCGCAUCACUUGCCGACAUAUCUUUGUCAUCGUGGACGCCAUCAACUGAUCCUACUCGCAUACCGGAGGUACGGCAUAACCUGCGACUUAUUGAAGACGCAUGCAAGAAUGAUCUUGACGGACUCGCCCGUGAAGCCAAGGCUCUCGAGGAACGCAAAAGAUUUAUUGCUCAAGAAAACAUUCGGCUGCAAAAGAAAGUUACUGAUGAGGCUGAACUCAUUACACGACUACAGCAGGUAAAACUUGUCGUGGACGAUAUUGGCGCAAAGGCAAAGGAGCUAGCGUCUGUUUAUGAGGCGACCUUGGAUGAUUUUUCGCCUUUGUUUUCCACACUGCUGGUGCAGUACCCCACAGAGUUCGACAGAUAUCGGUUAGACGAGAUUGUUGUUGCAGCAAUCACGCCGAUAGUCAGACGCAUCGUUACCCAAUGGAAUCCACUCCAGGAUCCUUCAGGCUUGGUCGCAACCUUCCGUACAUGGAAGCAAGCGCUGAAAGUCAACUCUGUUGACAAACCACCAGAUACUCAGAUUGACAUAUAUGGUGCUCACACUGUGGCAAUCUCUCCUGCUAUUGAAAAGCCCAUGACUCCCUUUGAGUCCCUUCUAUGGAAUGUAUGGCUACCCAAAGUCCGUACCUGCCUUAACAACGAAUGGUCACCUGAGUGCCCCACGCCAGCUGUGAAGUUGUAUGAGGCAUGGUCGACAUUCCUCCCACCAUUUGUGCGCGAUAACAUACUUGACCAACUCAUACUACCCAAAGUGAGCAAAGCCGUUGCAGAUUGGAGCCCCAAGCGUAGUACGGUGUCCUUACACGCGCUUGUAUUCCCUUGGCUCCCAUACCUCGGUCUGCGUAUUGACGGUGUUCUGGGUGAUGCGCAAAGGAAGGUUAAGAGUCUUCUCAGGAGUUGGGUACCAGCAGACGGCGCACUAAAGGACCUCGAUGGAUGGAGGGAGGUUUUCGACACAGGCGAGUGGGACGCAAUGCUCCUCAAGUAUGUUGUACCAAAAUUGGGCUCGUUGUUGCGCGACGAGUUCCGUAUCAACCCCCGCAACCAGGAUAUGGAACCAUUGAAGCAUGUUCUCGUGUGGGCCACGCUUCUCCGUGGAAGUGUAUUUGUCCAACUGCUAGAAACCGAGUUCUUCCCGAAGUGGCUGGAUGUACUACACAUUUGGCUCAUACAGCCAAAGGUCAGUUUCGAGGAAGUUGCACAGUGGUAUUCCUUUUGGAAGAGCAGUUUCCCGGAUGGUGUACAGUCUAUGCCCGGUGUUGCACGUGGAUUCACUCGCGGGUUGCAACUUAUGAACACAGCUAUCGAGCUCGGCCCCGAUGCGCCUACGAUGCUGAAACGUCCGGAUAUACGUGCGGAACAGGCGAUUACAAAUGCGUCUAUGAAGAAGCCAACUGCAACAAAAGUCGCUCCUGCGCGGGUUCAAGAAAUCACCUUCCGCUCGAUUGUGGAGGAGUUUGCUGCGUCGCACAAUCUCUUAUUUAUUCCUACGGGGCGCGCCCAUGAGAAGUCGAGGAUGCCGUUGUUCCGCGUCUCAUCCAGCAUUGGAGGGAAAGGAGGCUUGCUUGUUUAUGUACAAGACGAUGCUGUUUGGGCGCCUGAUGGGAAUGAGUAUAGGGCAAUUACCUUGGAGGAUAUGGUUCUUAGGGCCAACAAGUAGGGACGUUCAGCAGUAAUACAUGUCCUAGACGCACAUAGGCAGUGACUUGGAUCUGAUGGCGGCGUGCGCAUUCAAGACGCGAUGUGAUGGUCAGGUGACCAACUU